AUGGUAUUUUAAUUUAGUACACUGUGAUAAGAGAGAAAUUAGAUCGGUAUGAAGGGAGAAAAUCCUGUUCUCGAUGUAUCGUAAUAGACAUCUGCGUCGUAUAGGUUAGGUUAGAAUCAGAUUAACUUCUGCAGAAACUAUAGCUCGCGUGCCUGUAGUCACGAGUAUAAAGUGCCAUAUUGCAAUGAUAAGAAAGAUUUCCCCGCUUCAUGAGAUAAGAACCUUGAAUCAUUAUUUAAUAUAAAAGACAGUCGACUGAGCGAGUGAAAAAAUGGUGGUUAGUCCGUCUGUCAAUCUAGCAGGGCACUGACAAUGUGAGAAAUAGGUAUCAUUAUACGCCCACACGUCUAUCGAAUGCCGAUAAGAACAUAGCGGAUUUCUCAUUCAGUAUUACACGUGCCACACGCAGUCACGAUGAGUAUUUUGAAAAAAAGAUUAAACGAAUUCGAAGAUGUUUUGAAUGAUGAAGAAAUAGAUCUUGUCUGUUUGAAACGAUUAUGUUUCCAUGGAAUACCGGAUGAAGGAGGACUAAGACCAUUGUGUUGGAAACUUUUGUUAAAUUAUUUGCCUCCUACAAGGGCUAGUUGGUCCGAAACACAUACACGCAAAAGAAUGCUCUAUAAAACUUUUAUCAAGGAUCUCAUUGUUAUGCCUGGUGAAAUAAAUUCAGACGGUGAAAGAGUAGAUGUCACGUUUCACGAUCAUCCUUUAAAUUUAAAUCCUGAUAGCAAAUGGCAAACGUAUUUUAAGGACAACGAAGUUCUUCUACAGAUAGACAAAGAUGUUAGGAGGCUCUGUCCGGAUAUAUCAUUCUUUCAACAAGGUACAGAUUAUCCCUGUGCAGAUAUUGUGAAUUCCAGUGGGCAGAAACGUUUACACCAUAGAGUACAGCAUACAGUUUUAAGAAGCGCAAAUGUGGAGAGGAAAGGACUUGGUGUUACUAAGAUAGCAGUUUUCGUUAGGAAAGCUGUGGAAGAUUAUGCACCACUUGCAGAAGGUGGUGAAGCACAUUGGGAGGUUUUAGAAAGAAUACUUUUUCUUUAUGCUAAGCUCAAUCCAGGUCAAGGUUAUGUGCAAGGCAUGAAUGAAAUUGUUGGUCCUAUUUAUCACACGUUUGCUUGUGAUCCUGACCAAACAUGGAGAGAACACGCGGAAGCAGAUACCUUCUUUUGCUUUACUAAUUUGAUGAGCGAAAUUCGAGAUUUUUUUAUAAAGUCGUUAGACGAAGCUGAGUUCGGAAUAAAUUCAAUGAUGAGUAAACUUAUUACUCAAGUAAAGACUAAUGAUCCGGAAGUGUGGUUGCGUUUACACCAACAGGAAUUAUGUCCACAAUAUUACAGUUUUAGAUGGUUGACGCUUCUUCUGUCUCAAGAAUUUCCGUUACCGGAUGUUAUGAGAAUUUGGGAUACCUUAUUCGCUGAUGAGAAUAGAUUCAGCUUUCUGAUACACAUAUGCUGUGCCAUGAUUUUGUUAUUAAGGGACCAACUAUUUGCCGGAGACUUUGCUACGAACGUAAAACUUUUACAAAAUUUUCCUUCAAUGGAUAUUCAAAUAGUACUUUCUAAAGCAGCGACAUUGGCAGGCAAAACUUUAAACUCGCCAUAACGUAUUCUCACGCACGUAUAACUUCGUGCAGAGUUGAAAACAUGAACAAGAUGUUUGAACAUUUUUUAACGGCACAUUCUGAAUACCGUUAAUCUUUUUCUGUUUCUCUUUCUCCCUUUUUUUGGUUUUAUAUAUAGUCCCGAACAUUUUUUUGUUAAUAAUUGAUCGAAACAAAAAUGAACAUUCUGUCCGAAAGUCGCUGGGAAGUAAGAUAAUUUUAGGUAGCAUUUUAUACUCAAGAAAUACGAUUUUUUUUUUUUUUAUAUAAGCCCAGAUCGAUAGGAUCUGAAUUUAGCUCUCUAUUUCCUUAUUAAAUGAUGAGAUAGAGAGAAAUUGUUAACUUUUAACAAGAGAGAUGGUUUUCGAGCUCGUGAAUGUUAUUACUUUGUUAUACACAGAUAAACUAUUACUUAAUACAGAUAAGAAAGUAUAUACCGAUAAAAAUAUGUUUUGUAGUUUAAUGAUUAUAUUUUUUACGAAACUGGUAAUCAAAACAUUAUUGAAUUUCUCACUUGUCAUUAUGGUUGCAUAAUUCUUCAUCAAUUCUGUUUCAAUUUGAACUCCAUUUUCAACACUCGUUAGCACAUGUUGUGUUGUAUUUAAAUAUUCUAAAAUACAAUGAUGUAUUCAUUGAUCUAUUUACAUUUUUUUUUAUUUAAGUAAACAUACAGGUAUUAGUAGAAAGGCGGAAAUGUGUAGUAAGCACUUUUAUAGAACCGGAAAAGAAAUUGUUACUUGGCACGAGUAAGAACUGAUUCUCGUUAGGGGUUAAAACAUGUAUAACUGUGCUGUGAAUGAUAUAUUCAGCCAUAUUAAAGAAGUAAAUCUUGUUAUAUUUCAAAAGAAAACAAGAAUGAGACAAGAAACAUUUAAAUAUUCGAAGCAACCAUUUAUUAAGUUGAAAUGAAUGAAAGAUUGUUUCUUAACGAACAAAAUAUGAAAAGGUAGUCCAGUAGUUAUUAAAAAUUAAAAG